ACAAUGGCCGGAUCAUUGAUUCGUCUUGAUAGGAAUCACAUAUCGGUGGAGCAAAUGAACAUGGCUGAAGAUCGGGUAUUGGAAUGCAAUAUUCGGAAUAUGCAUGCUCCAUCACCGUUAGUAGAGAACUACCUGCGGGAAGCGGGAUUUUGGCACGUGGCGACGGUAGGCCGGGGAUGCAAGUUGGAGCCGAAACUGAUCAGUGCGUUGAUCGAGAGGUGGAGACCUGAGACGCACACAUUUCAUCUUCCAUGUGGAGAGUGCACUAUCACUCUAGAAGAUGUCCAUCUGCAUUUGGGAUUGUCGGUGGAUGGGCACCCAGUGACCGGGUCUGCCCAAUCUAGCAAUUGGGAGGCGGUGUGCUACGAGCUUUUGGGCGCCGUUCCAGAUAAAAUGGAUGGAGGUAAGGUGGAGAUGGAGGUAACGAGCUUUUGGGCGCCAUUUCGGGUCUGCCCAACAUAG